UUAUAUCUUAAACCUGCUACCUGAUAUCAUAAGAAAGAGUGAAUCGAUUUACCUUCAAAACAGGGAUAUCUUCCCUACCCUAAAUUGGGAUUAUGACCGUUAAGAGUGUUUCGUUGUUCUUUUCCCAACGGCACUGAACUGAGAAGGAUUCACCGGCAGAGAUAUUAUCCUACGGCACAGAACGGCAAGGCCUUGUUCACAAUUCCAGUUUUUGACAUAUCCCUGUUUCACUGAUGAUCGCCGGAUGAAGUUAUUAGUUCUUUCUCUUUGGGUCUUCUUCAAGAUCUGGUUUCUUCGUCACAGUCUUUCUGCGGCACUGAACAACAGGUUUAGACAGAUCUAGUUCUUAAGAGAGUCCUGUUUCACAAUCUCGCCGGGUGAGAUGUGAGGCAUCCUACUACCUGGAGGCAUGGGGCAUUGAUUCACUUGAGCACAAAAGCCUCAUGAAAAGGGAAAGACAGAUGAUUCUAUAUGAGGAAUUGUUCCUCGACACUUGGGAGAAGUGAUACAUCAUAAAAUAAGUAUAUAUACUGUUGCACCUCACCUGUGUAUUCUGGUUGUCAAGUGGAGUUCUACAUGUAGUGAGUUUCAGAGGAAUUUGUACCAGGGUUGUGGAAGGUUUCAGGUCCUAUCACACCUUAAGGUCUUCAUCUACAGCAGGAUAGGAGGGCUUGAUGCGGAGAUUUUACAGUAAAUGUUCUACUCCUGUCCAGGUUCACAAAUAAGGUGUCCUUUGGCUGCAGUAACUAUGGUCCUCUAGAGUCCUUCAAGAUAGACAGUAGUUGCAAGAUGGCAUUUUGUACAGAAGAGGAACAAACUGAAGAUUACCUUUUCAAGAUUGUUUUAAUUGGUGAUUCAGCUGUUGGGAAAUCAAACUUGCUUGCAAGAUUUGCCAGAGAUGAGUUCUACCCGAACUCCAAAUCAACUAUAGGUGUUGAGUUUCAAACCCAAAAGAUGGAUAUUGAUGGUAAGGAAAUAAAGGCACAGAUCUGGGACACAGCAGGACAGGAGCGGUUUAGGGCUGUGACCUCAGCAUAUUACAGAGGUGCUGUUGGGGCUCUGUUGGUCUAUGACAUCAGUAGACGGCAGACAUUUGAUAGCAUUGGUCGAUGGCUUAAUGAACUACAUACUCACUCAGACAUGAAUGUGGUUACCAUACUCAUUGGAAACAAGUCUGAUCUUAAAGACGCCAGGGAGGUAAAAACAGAAGAAGGCAAGGCUCUAGCAGAAGCACAGGGCUUAUUUUUUAUGGAAACAUCUGCCCUUGAUUCCUCCAAUGUUACUGCUGCCUUUCGGACGGUUGUCAAAGAGAUCUACAACAUUUUAAGCCGCAAAGUUAUCCUCUGUCAAGAGAAAAAAGCAGACACAGCAUCACUGGGGAAUGGGAAAGCUGUGGUUUUGCAGGAUGAUGCAAGCCAAGGAGCAGAUGCCAACCCUAACAAGGCUGGAUGCUGUUCAUCUUGAAGCUAAACAGGAUAGCUUUGAUCAUAUUGCUUUAUCUUACAUUCUCUGCAUACUCUUUGCCACAGAUGCACCCAUGUAAUGAAAUAUGUUUAAAUUCUUUUUGUUGGCAAAGUAUUGAUUUAGUUUAUCAUUUGCCUUUUCUUUUCGGGGUUAAUGAUGCCACUAAUCAGGAAACAGAACUCCAGGAGUAGAACAAUGUACAUGAACUGAAGACAACACAGCAAGUUAUGUAUAUGAUGUUGGAAAUUCUGACGAUUAAUGCCUGUGCAUCUCUUUUUUGUUGGA